CCAAACAAACACACAAAUCCGGCGCUAAUUUGAUGGACAUACAAACAACUCUAGUCAUUGGUAUUCUAGGAGAGUGUAACAUGGGCUGAACCUCGUGGGCGGGCUAUUGCUUCCUUGCCUCGGUGACUAUGGUGUGGGUGCGGUGUAGGUUGAAGGAGAGAGUCCGGCUUGUAGUGCUUGCCUUGUUUGUUUCUCUACAGUUUGCCGAUGUUAAAGGGGCUCCGCUCCGGCAGCCGCGUGACCUUCUUCAGAUGCUGAAGGAUGCUGGGAAUGCCGUAAAGCGUGCGGGCGAGAAAGUGUUGCGAGCUAUCUUGCCCAAAGUCAUGAACUCCGGCCUGAUUCCGGGAACUAAGACCGAGUCCCAGAAAACCACUCAACCUAACGGUCCAAAAAUACCGCUGAACACAAUCAGCGAACACUCUGUGAACCCCGUUAUUCCUUCCAAGAAAAAUGAGAUUCCUGGAAAGUCUCAAAGCAUCACGGACAAAACGAUGUUAGAGAAAUCAUUCAUAAGCGCCUUGUCCAAGAACUCUAAUCUCGAUUCCAAAAAAAACACUCAAGCGCAAUCGGAUGAUCCAAAUAACUUAGUUGCAGGACUUCUCAGUUCUGUUCUUGGAGGAAAAUCGACUAGAACCAGCACGGUAACAAACGGUGUGAACUCUUCUAGUAAGAGCGCUAAGACAAAUGACAGUGUGAACCCCUCUAGUAAGAGCGCUACUGGGACUGAGAACAUGGUCGGCGGAUUAAUCAACUCGGUGCUAAACAAAAAACCAGCCAAUAUUGAAACAACCCUGGAAAACGAAGCUGUGAAGGAAAUAGAGAAGGGAGUCCAACAUUUCUUUUACACGUGAUUAAAGUAUCUCGCGUCUCCAAAUCUAAUACAUAAAAUUAAUACUUUUUCACAAAGAUCCUGGGUUCCAGCCUGGGUGUGUUAAAAUUAUAACUCAAUCGUGAUAUCAGCAAUGUCCUACCACCAAUGUCCGGCCACGUUAAGAAAAAAAAAAGUGGUCCAGAUAAAAGCAAAUGGUCCAAACGAUAACAGUAUAUGUAUAGUGCUAUGACUGCAGAAAUAUACUUUUAGUUCUUUACGAUUCAAGUCUUCAAGUGUAUAGCAGCGCAAGAAAUCGGGCAUUUCCUAGAACGAUCAACGGGACCUGUCGUCGUUGUAGUCGUGUCGCUUAUGGUUCGAGAAGAUGUUAGGCGGUAGACCAAGGCAAAAUAUACCUGCUGCUCAUUCACAAAAACAUUUUUGUUUGUUUGGCUUUCAAAACCAAGAGCAAAAUGUUUAUUUUCAUUGCAUCAUUGGGAUCAUGUCUAGCUCAUGGCAGGUUGGUUUCAUUAUAAUUAAAUUAGCAAAAUUCAAAAUAAAAAUAUUUUUGAGAUACUA